AUGUCACCAUUUAAUACGUUUCCUGAAGGACAAACGAUAUCGCUAUCUGUUCAGAUUCACCUGGUGGUCACCAAUGUAAGCAUUGAGGCUGAACUAGGAUCUAUAGCACAGAUGGUCCUACCCCAUCUUAACGACGGUGAAGUGAAAUCGCCGUUAAGUAUUCAGUGGAAUUUCGUAACCGAAGGAUUGAGAGGAAUUGAUUUAUUAGAUGGACAGUGA